UAACACAUCUCAUCGCUAAGCGAAAAAUGCUUUAUCCGUGUUUCUUUUCUUCUUUUUCUUUUUGCUGUCCUUGUAGUCGAGUACCACCUCGUCUUUGUCUGAAUCAUCAUCGCCACCACCAUUUAUUAGCCCAUCAAAGGCGCCUGCUGGCUGCCUAUAUACAUAACAAAAAGGAAAAGCACAAGCACAGUAAUGACAUGUGCAGUAAUCAGGAAGAACACAAAAUUCGACUGGAUAAAAGAGGAACUUCGGCUUUCAAAUGGUAUUUUUUUAUCCACUGCAUCCACACAGACCCCGGUUGAGGGACUUGGAACUGAAAUCGCCCCCUGAACGGCCCCCGGAACUCUGUCCGGUGCGGAGUCCAAUGAACCCGCUAAUCCCGCUAAGCCGGCGUACGCAGGACGCUCCGCCGACACAGCACUCGUCGUCAAAAUCGAACCUGUGGCCACACCGGCCCUUCUACAGGGGCCUGGUUCCCCCGCGCACUGAGAAUGAUAAGCCCCCCGUGAUCCGCUUCAGCACCGCCAUAGCUGCUGCCUCCGCGGUCCUCCUCGUGGCCUCCGCCCUGGUCUUCUUAGUCCUGUUCGUCCGCUGGGCUCCCCUCAAGCCCGAACACUGCAACACCGCUGCAUGCAACCAGUUCGCCAAGCUCCUGAACGACAACAUCGACUGGUCCGCGCACCCGUGCCGUAAUUUCGAUGCAUACGUCUGCAGCCGUUGGCACUCCAAAAGCAAGUACUCGGUGAGAACGGAGUUGGUCGUCAGAGCAGUCGACGCCAUGACGAACGUCGUCAGCAAGGACGUGCAGGGGACGCCCUCCACUGGCCAGGGCUUCCUGCAGAAAGUGAGCCUCUUCUACCGCUCCUGCGACAUGGUGUGGCGCGGCGAUCGCGACGAACUUCCCGUGAUCCGAGAGUUCCUUCUCCGCGCUGGCAUUGUCUGGCCGCGUCGACCCGGGACGCCCGACGUCCUGCGCACUUUGCUAAGCCUAAGCGUGGAGUUGGACUGGCCGGUCAUCAUCCACGUAGUGCUACAGAAGAAGGGUGUGUGGAUACGCAUACCUCUGUCCUUGAAUAUGGCUGUCAAAGAAAGUAAACUGCUGAGCGAUCCGCAGGACAAACGCCGCAGCUUCGACUUCCUGAAGACUAAGUUCUCUGGAGGGGAUUCCACAGGUGCCGUCGACUUCAGUGAUACCAACAGGUUGGAGUCGACAUUCUUGCAGCCCCUCGCCGACUUAGGAACAAGGGGCGCGACCGAAAAACUGAACUCAAGAAGUCUGGAAAAGAACAAGUGGCUCAAGUUGUUAGAGCAAUGGAACUUGACUGCCGCGCCGUCCUUCUUCACCGAUAGCCCGAAGUACGUAAAGAAAUUUCUCGACCUGUGGAAGCGGGAAGGCGAGGCUCACACUCACCUCUUCGUCUCGUGGAUGGCGGCCAGGUUCGUCAGCAUGUUUGCCAGCCGCGAUCUCAUUUUCAACUUUUACAGCGUGACGAACCCCGAAACUGUUUUGUACCAACACGGACGGCUUUGCUACGCGCUCGUCUACAAGUUCAUCGGAGAUUACCUCUUCGCCCCGUACAACGCACAAGUGUUUCUGCCCGUUCGACGCGACGUGGAGCGCAUUGUUUUGGACAUAAGAAACGAGCUCGCGGCUCACCUCUCCUCCACGCCACCGUUCUCCAACGAAACGUCCGCGACGUUCCGGUGGGCUUCUCUGGACGUCGUCAUGAGAGCUCUCAACCAAACUGCGCCCCACAACUCGAACGCAACUAGCGCGGCCGACACACUCUUGCCAGACAUGAACAACUCUCUCGCACACAACUGGCACGCUGCGUGGCAAACAAGUCGAUACGGGAGAGCAGACUCGGUUCCGUACACCUUGGGCUGGGAAACCAUCCUGUCCAUGUCCCUGUACACUCACUUGCACGACGACUUUGUCCUCGCGCCGUACGUCCUCUUGUUCCCGCUCUACGAUCCGAACCUGGUGGACGCCGUCAAGUACGGAUCGUUCGGAGCUGUCGUGGCAAGAGCGUCUGCUCAGAUGGCCAUCAAGCACUACGGUGGCGCUAACGCGACGGCGCAGGCCGUGGAUGACGCAUGGACAUGCGUCAAGUCCAUCGACAGAGACGCCACGUCGACGCUGCUGGACUUGGUGUCCCUGAACGUCCUCGCGGAAGCCUUCGAGGAGCAUGGUUCUUGGGGGACGCUGGCGGUCGCCAAACGCUUCACAGCUUCGCAGCUCCUCUUCGUCUCCUGGUGCUUCCAGAAGUGCCGAGGACAGUCGGAGGCUCUGGGCGACGAAUGCAACGCGGCCGUUCGUCACGUUGCCGCGUUCAGCUCGGCGUUCGGCUGCUCCCAGCGCGACCCACUUAACCCAGAGAAAAAAUGUACCUUCUUCUAGCACUACCUUGUUAUAGCCAAGACGUGAAACAACUGCGACCUAAUAGUGACGCAGAGGUGCACGACACUUGUUUCCUGCAUCGUUUGUGUUCGUUUACCGCCUUUUUUGGUUUUUGUUCUACUUUUCUGUCAUUUAUUUAUAUUUUAGCCUUCUGCGUAAUAUAUGUAGCCACAUCACAGUAUGCAUGUUGUGCGCAAGAAAAGUAUUCGGAGACAUGUAUGCGCUUUUUAGACAUUUUUUGUACCUCAUCGAGUCGAUGUAUUUGCACAAAUAUGACUAAGGAUGCGUUUCAAUGCCCUUCUAAGGAGGAGGAGGAAUGAACGUUUAUU